AUGACUACAGUAAACCUCAAAACCGGUGACAGUAUAUUAGAAACUAAUCGUGAAACUAUCAAUCCUGACACUUACUUUGUAACUCAUACACCUCCAAAAUCUUUGGAAAAGAACGAGAAACAGGUAAACGAAUUCGUGAGUAAACAUGCAGCGAAAGGAAGUAAGGUCGUCUUAAUAACGAGUGGAGGAACCACUGUUCCAUUGGAAAAUCAAACAGUUCGAUUCAUAGAUAACUUUAGCGCUGGAACAAGGGGAGCAACAUCAGCUGAAUAUCCUUUUGAUUGUCUAAUUCAUCUGAUUCCAGACUACGCUGUUAUUUUUAUGCACAGGCAAUUCAGUUUGCAACCAUAUAAUCGACAUUUUUCGCAUCAGAGCAUCUUGGAUUUAUUAGAACUGAAACCGGAUGGGUCUAUUAACGUUUGUUCUGAAUAUGCGCAUAAAAUGAAGGCGACGUUAACAAAAUAUCAAGAAUAUAAAAGAAAGGAAAUGCUUUUAAUGCUUGAGUUUUUUACGGUGAACGAUUACCUCUUCUUGCUUCGGAGUGUCUCGCAUGCGUUGAACGGGCUAACACACCACGCCCUUUAUUAUCUCGCUGCGGCUGCUGAACAUAAAAUCCAAUCAGGAGAUGGGGCUAUGACUCUCAAAAUGGAUCAAGUGCCAAAAUUUCUAAAGCCAAUGGUUACUUUUUGGGCGCCUCAAGGAUACAUUGUUUCAUUUAAGCUUGAAACAGAUCCACAUCUUUUGAUUCCCAAAUCAAGGCAAGCGCUGAUCCGUUAUGGCCAUCAAAUAGUAAUUGGUAAUUUGUUGACUACACGUAAAAGAGAAGUGAAUUUAAUCACUCAUGAUUCAGAAAUGGAGUUAAAGUUAUCUGAAGAGGAAGAGAGAAAUGGAGUUGAGAUUGAAAGUCGAAUAGUAAAUGAACUAUUAAAAAGACAUGACGAAUGGAUCACAAAUUAUUCUCAUAAUUGA